AUGAUUGAGAAUCUGAAGCAAGCGCUUGAAAGAAUAGCCGAGCUAGAAAGGAAGAUAGAAAGCCAAGAGAAGGAGAUCAGUGCACUUGUUGCUGAGGUCAAGAAGGACAGAGGAGUUGCCUGUGCCGACAGACUGCAAGAGCAUUCAGAAUGCAAAAGCCUCAUGCAUGAAGACUUGGAAAAAAGUGAUUACUACUUUGAAAGUAAGCUUGAAGAUGAGUACGAAAAGAAAACGAGUAAUCGUAAUGUGUCAUUUGAGGAAGAUGUUGAGGGCAUAUUUAAAGCAAAAAAGGUGCAAAAGCCUUUUAAAGAAGCAUUUACUAUUGAAGCAUUUAUAGUGUAUUGCAGAGACAUGCAUUCGUUUUCAUUGGUUAACAAAUCAGAGGGAAAAUCAAAGAAAAUGUUUCGCUGCUGCAUUAAGCAGUAUGUUGAAAAGACUACUAGGCAUCUGAUGGUGAAUCUGAACGUGUAUGACUUGAACACGGUAUGCUCAGCAUUCAAUCUUCUGUGUGGAGAAAUGGAAUAUAACCACAAGCUUGUGAUUGCACAUGAUGUUAUUUUGCUGGUUGAGGACUUUUCAAGGAUGCCUUUUAUUGUUUCUGCUGUGUUCAACAACCAAGGAAUCCAUAGCGAUGUGCUUGGGGAAACAAUAUCGAACAUUGUGAUGCACCAGUGUGAUAUUGAUAGUGAGGUGUACUCAAACAGGCCGAGUCUUGCUAGAUAUUAUGCUAGGAUAUCUGCAAACUUUGGUGGCCAGACAGACAUAAGGCCUCUAGGAAGUAUAUGCAGUGAGCUGAUUAGUGAUUUGCGUGUAUUUGAGGAAGGCGAGAUUAAUGAAACGGUAUUUCCGCGGAUGUAUUCUGUUAGAGCUCUAUGCCACUAUAUGGACUGGGAUUACUCGUACAAUGAGUUUGUGUGUGGAGUUUUAUAUCCCAGGCUAGUGGAGAGGCGGGAGGCGGCAUGUGUGGUUUAUAUGUUUGCUUCGGUAUUUAAUGCAUUGAGGGUGUUUGGAGAGGUUGAAAGUGUGAGAAUAUCGCUUGAGAAGUUGAAGGAGAUGAUGCAUGACGACUCUGAGCUUUCUGCGGUUUGUUAUAUGUUUAUUAAGCAGAUUGAUCCAGACUGUGCGGAGCAGUGGUUUAGAAUGCAUGGAGAUAGAAUAGCAGGAGUAAGUGCCGAGUAUUUGAAGGAUGUGCUGAUAUACUGA